GAAACAUCCUACUUUUAUAGGAGCCACAUAUCCUGGAAAAAUAUGUAAUGAGAAUUAUGCUGGCGGAGUUGUUCUGUAUCCAGAGGGUUUAUCCUUGGAGUCAUAUAGCAUCAGUGUCGUGCAGUUGCUUGGCCUUAACGUGGGACUGAGUUUUGAUAAUACUGAGAUCUGCCACUGUUCAGGAGAUGUUUGCAUAAUGUCGUCAGAAGCUGUGCACUCUGCGGGCGUAAAGGAUUUUAGCACCUGUAGCUUGGAUGACUUUAAAUAUUUUGCUUCACAUUCUGGCCUUGAAUGUCUUCAUAACAUCUUUCCUGAGAAGCCAGCUUACAAGCAGGGCACAGUAUGUGGCAAUGGAAUUUUGGAAGCAGGUGAAGAAUGUGAUUGUGGUUCUUUACAGAAUUGUACACAUACGAAAUGCUGCGAUCCUAGAACAUGUAGAAAAAAGAAGAGAGAGUUAGGAUGUGGCUCUGGGGAAUGCUGUACCACGAGUUGUGUGCUGAAGCCACCUGGUACUGUGUGUAGGGAGCCAGUUGAUGAGUGUGACUUCAGGGAAUACUGUACUGGGACUCGGCCACACUGUGGGGUGGACACCUAUGCACGAAAUGGAGAGAUUUGCUCUGGGGGUUCCUCCUUCUGUUUCGGUGGACGCUGUCGGUCAUACACAGCGCAGUGCAAACGUUUACUUGGAAGAGGUGCUAGAGGUGGUCCAUUUGCUUGUUUUGAUGAAAUAAAUACAAGAGCAGAUAAAUUUGGAAACUGUGGCCGAGGAUUUUGUGAUUUCCGUCAUGCCCUAUGUGGAAAAUUAGUGUGUGCCUGGCCACACAAAGCUAUAGUAACGCGUCCAAAUUUAUCUGUGAUUUACACACAUGUGCGAGGGGAUAUAUGCACAUCUACAUUUCUACACACGGAUAAGCCAGUUAAAGGAACAAUGACCACAAUUGACAGACCUGAAGAAAGAGAUGAGACAUUUGUGGAAGAUGGCAGUAUGUGUGGACCUUACAUGUUUUGUCUGAAGUUUAACUGUGUAGAGGCCAAAUACCAAAUGAAUCUUAGGGCUUGCAAUUCUGAUUUGCAUUGUCAUAAAAAUGGAACCUGCAACAAUUUUAACCACUGCCAGUGUAAGGAGGGAUUUAUGCCUCCUAAUUGUUUACCAAAGGAAGGAGAAUUUGGAAGUAUCGAUGAUGGACAUGUGAUCAAAUCUGGUAAAGGUUAUUUGGAGGAAAGAUCUCUCACUGGUACAAAACACAGAUUUCAACUCAUCUUGUACCUUUCCCUACCUGUACUGCUCAUUACCACCGCUGUCAUCAUAAAGCGGAAUAAAAUAAGACAGCUCUGUGACAGAGGGGAAACGGAAAGUGAGAUAUCUGUGUCAGAAGGAAGCAGCAGUGACAGCAAGUUGUCCCCCAGCGUAAGUAACGGUUGAUAACAGUAUUGGCCUGAAGAGAGGACAGGACCAAAUAACUCAUCAGAAACUGGCUUAAACCAGGAAGGAAAAAAAAAAAAUUUCUCCCUCCCCUCUGUUG